AUACAAAUAGUCACAUAAUUUUUAAACUUUAGAGAAUGGAAACUGAAAGAAAUUCACCAAAUAUACUGAUAACAGGAACACCAGGAACUGGUAAAUCAACGCUAGCAAUGGAACUCUCUCAACAAACCGGUUUUGAGUUUGUUAAUAUAAACGAACUUGCAAAGCAGGAAGACUUGUAUGAUGGUUAUGAUGUAAGAUUAGAUUGUAAAAUACUAGAUGAAGAUCGGGUGAUAGAUGAACUAGAAAGUAAGAUGUCAGAAGGUAAAGUAAUAGUGGAGUAUCAUGGGUGUGAUUUUUUCCCUGAACGCUGGUUUGAUAUAGUUUUUGUUCUUCGUACAGACACAAAUAUCUUAUAUAAGAGACUUGAAAACCGUAAUUAUACUCUAGAGAAAAUUAAAGAGAAUGUGCAGUGUGAAAUUUUUCAAACACUGCUUGAGGAAGCCUUAGAAAGCUACAAUAAAAAUAUUGUUUAUGAACUACAGAGCAAUUCAACAGAAGAUAUGGAGAGAAAUAUUGAGCAAAUUAUGCUGUGGAUAAAUAAUUGGAAAAAAUAAAAUACAUUGUAAUUAAAAAAUACUUUACAAAUAUAUUUUAUUUAUAAA